GAUGGUAUCGACGAGCUAAGAGGGGCGACCACACUGAGUAGUAAUAUCAUCCUGGACCGCAUUAAUGGAUAUGGAGUAUAAAAUUUACAAAAUAGGGAACUGUCGCAUGUUUGCCUCUCCACUUCUAAAAAUAAAGACGAGAACCCCGCAUUUCUUCACGCAAAGACAGAAUUUUCUUUACUCGAUGGGCUGCACCUAAAAACCUUUCCUCUUGAAAUUAAAGCUUAUCUAUCAUCUGCUACCCGAAGUCCCAACAAGAAGAAGCCUUCUAUCUCUCGGCUGAUCAGGUAGACAUGUCUCUGCGAGGGCUCAAUGCUGUGGUCCACCCUCAAGUGCUGCAAGGGGAGUGGGAGCAACUUGAGAGACUUAAGAUGGUUGGAAACAGGGGAGCCGUGACAUCUCAUAGGCAUUCGAGCGACACACUCGUGGCAAAUGACAGAGGAUAUGAAAUAGACCGAGGAAACAGGGUAACUAGCCCAUUCUUCCCUUCGUCAAUGUGGAUAUUCGUGCUUCUUCCCUUCUUUGGGCAGGAGUCGGAUUUGACUUGCGGUUGAUAACUUGUUCUUGGGAAAAUCGCAGCGAAGUUACGAGAGAACUCUACCCACAUUUAACCCUCGUAUAAAGAAGCAUUCUCAAUUCAAUACUUAUAUCACCCCUUGAAUCUGCAAAUGCGACGGGCGGAAUUGUUGGAAAUGAUCAUUGACUAAGGUAGCGGUGUUUGGACGAACCGGUGGAUCCGAAAAUGCGAGAUAAAGCUGUAUACAACAAGCAGCACAACUGCAGCAAUGUCAAAGAUGGUGAGCAGAAAUCCAUUGUGGUAUGCUGUGAUUGCCAAGUCUUCUGGAAGUGGUCCAGGAGCAAAUGUCCAGGAUGAUCAGCUGUGGCGAAGAUAGUUUCAACAUGUAAAAUCCUCGGAGAGUGGGCAGCGGACGCCAGGGAUAUCGUGUCGUGAGUAGGCCUAAUUUCAGCACAAUUCCAAUCAGUAGCUGAUUAUGGAGGGCCUGGGAACGAGGACGGACGAAGCACGUUUCGUUCACGGAAGAGAAAGUGUCGCACAACAAGUCAGCCUGUCAAAUGUUGAGGCUCCUCAGAGUGACAAGCUGUCAGUGCUCGACUUUCUAAUGAGCCGCCCUUUAAGUGAGCGCCCCUCAUUGGGGCCUGACACUGCUCUACUUUCCGGACCACACCGUUGCGGCAAGACAUCGCUUCUUCUGCAACUUGCAUACAACAUUGCUGCGCAGGGUUCGAAUUUUGUAGUCUUCAUAUGCAAACCACGUAAUUUUGACAGUGACAUCUAUUUAACUCAGGAUGUGGACUCUUCUUCCGAGAUUCUUGAUCGCAUUCAAAUCAAAUAUGUCCAUGAUGACGAGGAGCUUCGGAAGUUUUUUGCGGCUUUCCAUAUGCAUAUUACCCUGCCCACAACGCUUAUCGUGGAUGACUUCCUAGAUUUCUUCCAGGGAUGUGAUACCAUUCAACAAACUUCACGAGGACUGGUGAUUGCGAAAACCCUGUGUCUUGCUCAUAGUGCUAUCAGUUAUGCCAGUGAGCAAUACAAAACAACUGCGUCAUGCAGAUUGAUUUUAUCAGACUCACACUCCGGUGAUGGGCCUCGGCUAUCAUACAUAAUGAAAAGAUGGAUCAAUCAAACCUUCGUCAUAAAAGCUGUUCAUGAUACUUCUACCUUCACACUGGAACUGCAAAGCAGCCCGAUGGGCCCCCAGAAGGAGAAUGUGGUGGCAAAGUAUGUUUUGUCGCAGAAUCACCUCCGCUUUGAUGGCUGGGACGUCCUUCACAGAAACCACUGAGAAUGCGUUUGGAAAAUACGACCGGGAAGCCUUAGCUCGCCAAAUGGAAUAAUGAACCAUCAUAUCUUUGUCAGCUAUGGAGCAGAAGAACGACUAGUCGAAGACAGUUAUGCAACCUGGAAUUGUACCAAGACGUAGCUGUACCGUCUUGGAUACUUCUUCUUUAGAGUGUACGAUUAGUAUAAUUCAGUAGACUAAAUUUGUAGUACCUGCAUAGCAAAAGUAUUGGGACUAUCAUUCUCUUCAAGUGCUCGUCAUUUGUGACAUCUUAACCACGUGGACUGUCACUACUUGAUGACACUAGAGAAAUAAUUUUCGUGUCUACAGGAAAUUGUGGACAUGUAAGAAUACUGGUUCGGUGAUUGUAUUUGGAUAACCAAACAAAGACCAGCCAACGAACCAAAACCCCACCAAUAACUUAUAUUGCUCGGAGUUUUGGAGAAACAUCGUAUUCACUGAGAACCUGACAAAGGAGGAUCAGCAUUUUACGCUCAUAUACAUCCAGGCGAUGUCAUGCGGGCAAACGAAGUCAUACUUGGGUUAUCACGCUUAUGGUUCCAAAAACAGCCUCCGUCAAAAGUUAUAUUUAGUGUUGACCUCACACAAACUUGUGUAGCAAGGUCAUUGAAAGACCGAAGGCGUGAAUUUUUGUGGCUUCUGUAGUGAGGUAGGAUUUUCCUGAUUGACUCCUCAUGCUGUAAGUUUAGCAUUGGUGAUCAUCAGCUUUCCCCUUUGGACAACAGCUACUUUCUCAGUAUUAAACCUUGUAAAAAGCGUUACUAUGCAUCUGAUCUGCUGACUUUGUAGUGGGAAUACAAUAUCUGCGACGGACACUUAUUAUCUUAAUUCAAACAAC